UAAUUUUAGGGGAUAACAACUUUCAACGUGACGUGGUUUCAAAUCUCGCGAUAUUUAAAGGGUCUCGCGAUAUUUGAAGGGUCUCGCGCAGGGUUGUGGUCAAGCUGCAGUCUUUUUCCUUCGGUGUAGCAGGAGAGCAGUCGCAUCUGACGCGCUGCUGCAGAGAUUCACAAACAUGGUAGUGCUGCGCGUGUUGUUCGAGCACGCGGCGGGCUACGCGCUGUUCGCGGUCAAAGAGGUGGAGGAGAUCAGCAUGCUGCUGCCUCAGGUGGAGGAGAGCGUGUUGAACAUCAGCAAGUUCAACAGCAUGGUGAGCCUGGCUGCCUUCUUCCCCUUCAAGUCUGCCCAGGCUGCCCUGGAGAACAUGAACGCCAUUUCUGAAGGUGUGGUCCACGCUGAUCUCAAGUUGUUCCUGGAAACUAACAUCCCCCAGUCUGGGAAGAAGAAGGCCGUCUUGGGGGUUUCUGACGCAAAGAUUGGAGCUGCUCUUCAAGAAGAGUUUAACGUUUCUAUACAGACUGGUGGAGUCAUUAGUGAAAUAAUCAGAGGCGUCCGUCUGCACUUCCACUCCCUGGUGAAGGGUCUGACUGCCCAUGCAGCCUCCAAGGCGCAGCUGGGUCUUGGUCACAGCUACUCCAGAGCUAAAGUAAAGUUUAACGUCAACCGGGCCGACAACAUGAUCAUCCAGUCCAUAGCUCUGUUGGACCAGCUCGACAAAGACAUCAACACUUUCUCCAUGCGUGUCCGCGAGUGGUAUGGGUACCACUUUCCAGAGCUGAUCAAAAUAGUGUCGGACAACUCGAUGUACUGUCGUACGGCUCAGCUGAUUGGCAACAGGAAGGAGCUGUCUGAGGAGAGUCUGGAAAGCUUGGAAGAAGUGGUUAUGGACAGUGCCAAGGCUCAGGCCAUUUUGGACGCGUCUCGCUCCUCUAUGGGUAUGGACAUCUCUCCCAUCGACCUGAUCAACAUAGAGAGGUUCUCGAAUCGCGUCGUGUCUUUGUCGUCCUAUCGGCUGGAGCUGCAGGAGUACCUGCGCUCCAAGAUGAGUCAGGUGGCACCAAACCUGGCGGCUUUAAUCGGAGAAGUGGUUGGAGCUCGUCUGAUCUCUCAUGCUGGCAGUUUAACCAACCUGGCCAAGUACCCAGCGUCCACGGUUCAAAUCCUGGGAGCAGAAAAGGCCCUGUUCAGAGCCUUGAAGACACGAGGCAACACCCCCAAGUACGGCCUCAUCUUCCACUCGACCUUUAUCGGACGUGCGGCUGCCAAGAACAAAGGGCGCAUCUCCAGGUAUCUGGCGAACAAGUGCACCAUCGCCUCUCGUAUCGACUGUUUUUCAGAGGUGCCAACCAGUGUGUUCGGUGACAAGCUGCGCGAUCAGGUGGAGGAGCGGCUGUCGUUUUACGAGACCGGCGAGGUACCACGGAAAAAUGUGGACGUCAUGAAGGAGGCGGUGAAAGAGGCUUCUGAUGUUACGGCAGAGCUCAAACGCAAACUGGAGAAAAAGGAGAAGAAACGCAAGAAGCGUGACAAGAAGUUGCUAGAGCUUCAAUCAAACGGCGACUCUGAGGUGGUAAAUGAAGACGCUGAGGCUCCUGCAGGAAAGAAGAAAAAGAAGAAACAAGUAGCCGAGGAGGUGGAGGAUCGGGAGGAGGAGGAGAGCGAAGCAGAGGACACUAAAGCCAAGAAGAAAAAGAAACGAAAAUCUGAGGCAGAGGAAAGCACCGAUGACAUCGUAGCAGAAGAAGCUGCUACUCCGGCCAAGAAAAAGAAACCAAAAAGAACGUAGGAAGCCCCACAACCAGCUGCGUCUGAGAAGAGGCGGCAGAUUGGUGAAGAACAGGAUGUUAUGUACAGUUUUAUUUUGAAUUUAUCCAAAGCUAGUAAACAUUCUUGAUUUUACUGCGUUAAAGCGGAUUAAGUGCUUAUAAAUAAACCUCGUCGUUGCAUCCGCAGCUGAAAGUUAAAAUAAGAAGUUUGUACGUUUUUGCAAUCCUUAAACUUCUCGUCUAAUAAACUGAUGUUUGAUCUGGUUCUAA